CGGUACUUCCGGCGUAGAAGAAGACAUUCAUGCUGUUUUGCAUCAUUUAGCACAACUUACAUACCGCUAGUCACGUUUUAUAUAUCCUGGUUGUGUAUUGUGAGAAGCUAGUUGACCACACUUCAUGGUGGAUAACGUGUUGCUUGCAACUCAACAGAACUGCACCGACGUUUGUUUAACUUUUGAUAUUAGCUAAUCAAAGCUAAUCAACCACUAUGAUCUGUGUGUGCCUGCUAUUAAGUUAGCUGACUCUACGGGAUGUAAAGCAUGUGCCCUGAAUGUUGGGUCCGCAUACUCCAGCAUUGAUCUUUCAACAUUUAAAGAACAAGCAUGAGCGGCCUGGAUCAAGAACAGCGUCUCCAUCCUAGUUGCCGUGACAAAACAACAGUCUCCGGUGAUUCAUCAGACGUUCAUGAGCUUGCCAAGCAGCCUCUCCAAGGUCUAAAAUUGGCAUCACAUGCAGUGCUGGAGAAAGCACAGCAGAGGGGCAGGUUGAAGUGCGCUAAAUGUGGAGGAUCAAGGAUGUUCUUCUGCUACACAUGCUGUUCAUUAGUGGGUGUCAGCCUGCAAGAAAUCCCCUUAAUCAAGCUUCCUAUCAAGAUAGACAUCAUCAAACACCCCAAUGAGACGGACGGCAAGAGCACCGCGAUUCAUGCCAAGAUCCUUGCACCCAGUGAUGUCACCAUAUACACUUACCCUUGCAUACCUGAGUUUGAAAAGGACAAGGUAGUGUUGGUGUUCCCUGGUCCACAGGCAGUCACAGUGCAAGACAUGAUCCAGUGUUUGCAUGACAGGACUGACAGCAGGUCACAUGACUCCUCUGACGAACCCUUCCUAAAGAGGCUGAAAAGUGAGGAAGCUCAAGAUGCCACACACGCUGCAGAGGACUCGGCCUCAGGGACCCCAGAUGAGGCAACAGGCUCAGAGUCAAGGGUGUAUCCCCUCCAGAGGGUGGUCUUCAUCGACAGCACAUGGAACCAAACCACCAAGAUCAGCACAGACGAGAGACUGCAAGAUUUGCUCCAGGUAGAGCUGAAGAUGAGGAAAACGUGUUUCUGGCGUCGUCAGAAGGGCAAACCAGACACUUACCUAGCUACUAUUGAAGCCAUUUACUAUUUCCUCAAGGACUUCCAUGAGAAAUGCCUUGCUCAGGAGUACACAGGAGAAUACGAUAACCUUCUCUUCUUCUACUCCUACCUGCACACAGUUGUCAACAAAGCCAAGAUCUCAGCUGGAAAGUGUUGAAAAAUGCUGUGAGGAAAGACUGAAAUAAGCAUCAAUUAUGAACUGUAGUUGAAGAGUAGAUUCACCUGCGAGUUCUUGUAUGUCAAGUUUCAUCUUAUGAUUGAUAUUUUAUCUUGUAAGGGAUACUGUGACAUCUACAGUACCAGUCAACUGUACUUUAAAAAAAAUACAAAGGAUUUACAAUUGCUAAACAUUGGAAUAUAUGUGAUACAUGUUUUUGAAAUUAUGGAGGGUCGAACCUGGCAUGGUUUAACCAGGAAAAAAAAACCCACUUCAAUUCCUUGUGAUGCUGAAAUUUAAAAAUAUAUCUUUUGGUGCAUUUUGUUUUUGUUACUGCCACUUCAAUUAAUUUCAGUUACAGACAGUAUGACCAAAAUAUGAAAUCUGAUACACAAAUAAAACAAGUUCAGAUACAUUUAAAUAUUUUUAUUUACAAAUCAAUACAUAUGAGUUUGAAUUUUACAUGUCUCAUUUUCAGAAAAAAUCUCUUUGAAUCUUGGGCAUCUUGAAUAAAGAAUAUCAUUUGUUGCAGACCUAAUA